GAGAUGCGAGCGCGCGCGCGGCCCCGGCCGCUCUGGGCCGCGCUCCUGGCGCUGGGGGCGCUGGCGGGCGUCGGCGUCGGAGGGCCCAACAUCUGUACCACACGAGGUGUGAGUUCCUGUCAGCUGUGUCUGGCUGUGAGUCCCAUGUGUGCCUGGUGCUCAGAUGAGGCCCUGCCCGUGGGCUCACCCCGCUGUGACCUGAAGGAGAAUCUGCUACAGGACAACUGUGCCCCAGAAUCCAUCGAGUUCCCGGUCAGCGAGGCCCGAAUCCUGGAGGCCAGGCCCCUCAGCGACAAAGGCUCUGGAGACAGCUCCCAGGUCACUCAAGUCAGUCCCCAGAGGAUUGCGCUGCGCCUGCGACCAGAUGAUUCGAAGACUUUCUCCAUCCAAGUGCGGCAGGUGGAGGAUUACCCUGUGGACAUCUAUUACUUGAUGGACCUGUCCUACUCCAUGAAAGAUGAUCUCUGGAGCAUCCAGAAUCUGGGUACCAAAUUGGCCUCCCAGAUGCGCAAGCUCACCAGUAACCUGCGGAUUGGCUUUGGGGCCUUUGUGGAUAAACCUGUAUCACCCUACAUGUACAUCUCCCCACCAGAGGCCCUCAGAAACCCCUGCUAUGAUAUGAAGACCACCUGCUUACCCAUGUUUGGCUACAAACAUGUGCUGACGCUAACUGACCAGGUGACCCGUUUCAAUGAGGAGGUGAAGAAGCAGAGUGUGUCACGGAACCGGGACGCCCCAGAGGGUGGCUUUGAUGCCAUCAUGCAGGCUACAGUCUGUGAUGAAAAGAUUGGCUGGAGGAAUGACGCAUCCCACUUGCUCGUGUUCACCACUGAUGCCAAAACUCAUAUCGCACUGGACGGAAGGCUGGCCGGCAUCGUCCGGCCCAACGAUGGGCAGUGUCACAUUGGUGGUGACAACCAUUACUCUGCCUCUACCACCAUGGAUUAUCCCUCUCUAGGACUGAUGACUGAGAAGCUAUCCCAAAAAAACAUCAACUUGAUCUUUGCAGUGACUGAAAAUGUGGUCAAUCUCUACCAGAACUAUAGCGAGCUCAUCCCAGGGACCACAGUGGGGGUUCUGUCCGCCGACUCCAGCAACGUCCUCCAGCUCAUUGUUGAUGCUUAUGGGAAAAUCCGCUCUAAGGUAGAGCUGGAAGUCCGUGACCUCCCCGAGGAGCUGUCGCUGUCCUUCAACGCCACCUGCCUCAACAAUGAGGUCAUCCCGGGCCUCAAGUCGUGUGUGGGACUCAAGAUUGGAGACACGGUGAGCUUCAGCAUCGAAGCCAAGGUGCGGGGCUGCCCCCAGGAGAAGGAGAAGUCCUUCACCAUCAAGCCCGUGGGCUUCAAGGACAGCCUCACCGUGCAGGUCACUUUCGACUGUGACUGUGCCUGCCAGGCCCACGCGGAGCCGCACAGCCACCGCUGCAACGAUGGCAACGGGACUUUUGAGUGUGGGGUGUGCCGCUGCGGGCCCGGCUGGCUGGGCUCGCAGUGCGAGUGCUCCGAGGAGGACUACAGCCCCUCCCAGCAGGACCAGUGCAGCCCCAAGGAGGGCCAGCCCAUCUGCAGCCAGCGGGGCGAGUGCCUCUGUGGCCAGUGUGUCUGCCACAGCAGUGACUUCGGAAAGAUCACGGGCAAGUACUGCGAGUGCGACGACUUCUCCUGUGUCCGCUACAAGGGGGAGAUGUGCUCAGGCCACGGCCAGUGCAGCUGUGGGGACUGCCUGUGUGACUCCGACUGGACCGGCUACUACUGCAACUGCACCACGCGCACCGACACCUGCAUGUCCAGCAACGGGCUGCUGUGCAGUGGCCGGGGCAAGUGCGAAUGUGGCAGCUGCGUCUGCAUCCAGCCAGGCUCCUAUGGGGAUACCUGUGAGAAGUGUCCCACCUGCCCUGAUGCCUGCACCUUUAAGAAGGAGUGUGUGGAGUGCAAGAAGUUUGAGCGGGGUGUCCUGCACGAGGAAAACACCUGCAGCCGCUACUGCCGCGACGAGAUCGAGUCUGUGAAGGAGCUCAGGGACACUGGCAAGGAUGCUGUGAAUUGUACAUACAAAAAUGAGGAUGACUGUGUCGUCAGAUUCCAGUACUAUGAAGACUCCAGUGGCAAGUCCAUCCUGUAUGUGGUAGAAGAGCCAGAGUGUCCCCAGGGCCCUGACAUCCUGGUGGUCCUGCUUUCAGUGAUGGGGGCCAUUUUGCUCAUUGGCUUUGCCUUGCUGCUCAUCUGGAAGCUCCUCAUCACCAUCCACGACCGGAAAGAGUUUGCUAAAUUUGAGGAAGAACGAGCCAGAGCGAAAUGGGACACCGCCAACAACCCGCUGUAUAAGGAGGCCACGUCCACCUUCACAAAUAUCACCUACCGGGGCACCUAGUGACCAUACCACAUCCUCCGAUCGCUCAGACCACGCCAGGAUGGCGGGCGUCUCUGACGUCAAGCUUACGGAGGACAGCUGUGUGGGGGUGGGGGUGUCUCUGGGUGUGUGUCCGUGAGAGAGUGGAGUGUGAGUGUGUGCGUGUGUGUGUGGGGGGUGGGGGAAAUGUGUAACUUAUAACUUGUGAUGUGUCCCGGUGAGCACAGCCCCUCCCCUUUUGUCCUCAGAGUGCCACCUGCAGGGAUUCUGCCUGCUUAGCUUGAGGGUGUGUUCUGAGCUGAGCAGGUGUUCUUCAUUACCUCAGAGAGACGCCAGCUUCCCCCUGGGCCCCUUCCCCUGAAGAAAAGGGCGGGUCUGAGGCUUCUCAUUGCAGAGGGAAGGAUGCCCAUCCUGGGCCCCACCCUGAAUUCCUGUGCUUCUUCAGCCCAACUCCCAGCAGCCAGGGUGGGAAGGACUGGUGCCAUCACCUCACGCUGAUCCCAUUGUUAGGGGAGUCCUGGUCACCUGACUCUCUGACCUGUGAGAGUGAAGCUAGUGGGGCCACUCAGGGGUCACAGAUGGCCCGAGGGCAGUGCCAGUCAUAGUCAGGCUUUGGGUUUGCCUGUGGGCAGCUCUACCCUAGAGGUUUGUUUAGAAGACACGUGUCACCCUCAGACCAGCACCAUCUCCUUACCUCCUACUUCCAUGCCCCCCGUUGUAGAUGUUUGCUGUGUACUGGGAUUUCUCUCACGACCAGAUGCUUUUCCUCCAAGGGAGAGUGCUGUGAUUAGAGCCAGCAGUCUGGCCCUGUGCUUCAGGCCUCUGCCCUUGGUCCAAGGUACCACCCCCACACGCACCCCUCAGCUCUGUGUGCUACUCCAUGGAUGGGAGUGAUUGCAUUUUUCUACCUCUGGUGUCUGGCGAAGGAAACCUCCCGUGCGUCUGCUAGGUGUAAGCGCCAGGAUGGAAUGAAGGGCCAACCCUGCAUCACUGUGGCUACUUCUCCCCGAGGCUGCACAACCUCCUUGUAGUUCAGUUUUUAAUCUGCAAGGCCAUGGUGCAGUUUUAUUUUGUUUCUCUCACUGGGGCACCUGAAAGCACAUGAGGUUUGUACAACUGAAAAGAACAUGUGUAUAGACAUACUUGCAUUAUUUUUGCAAUUUUAUUCGAUGACAAAGAAGGAGAGCCUGAAAAACCAUGAAGACUUGGAGGGAUACAGACACUCCCACUCGGCAUCACUCAUAGUGAGUCACUGCCCAGCUGCUGGGUCUGUGAGGAGCUCUGUCUUCCCAGAAGCCUAUGGGCAUGGAUAUAUGGACACACUGGACCUUUCCCAAGGAGAAGGGACUUUUCUUUUGUCUCUACAAUAGCAAUUGCUCUGUUAGUGUUGCCAUCCACCCAACGUUAAAAAUCACCACCCUGCCACCCCAGGAAAGGGGAAGGACCAAUAAAUGGUGAUCUGAUGAUCAAAAACCCUGGGUCCUGGGCUCUGUGUUGCAGCUAACACAGCUUUAACUUUCAGGAAGGCAAAUCACUUUCUGUUCCCCAGGACUCAGUUUUCUAGUUUGGAAAUGGAGUUGAACCAGCCAGCCUUGAAGAUCUCUCUUAGUGUCAACAUUCUAAGAUGCUGAGACUUACCGUGGCAGGAGACAUACAGUUAAGCUUCUGUGGGAUAUUGAGAAUAGUUUCUUUUUAAGAUGGGAGAUUAGAGAGACCUGGCUUUGGCAAGAGCAGAUGUCAUUCCAUAUCACCUUUCUCAAUAGCAGUCUUAUAUCCUGUCCUCUCCUGGAACCCCUUCUCCAGCUUUUGGUAGCAGGUACAUCUCCUGAUAUAGCACCUCAGCUCCACUUGUUAUUUCUUUAUUCACACAGCACACAUUUGCAUCCACAUAUUAGGGAAGACAAAUCAGCAAGUAGCCCAUUCACGUGUUAACACUGAGAAUGAGACUUGGAAUUAAGAAGGAGGCAAAUGACUGAACCCUGACUUGCCUGCACGUUGCCUCCUACUGUUGAGGGUGGGAAUAUGGUAGAAGGAUAAACAGGGAGGAGGGAUGCACAAACUCAGGAAGUUUAGAAACUACCUUCAACCUCGAGCUAAGGAGGCCGAGUUCAUGAGAGCAGUAGUGCAACAUUUUCUUUCCGUAAGAUGGCUUAUGUGAAACUCCAUUGAAGGAGAGAGAAAAUGUAUGCAAAGACUGGAAGAAUGAGGAGGGAUCUUUUCUGAGCUGCUUGAGUGAGGCUCAUAGAUCAUGAAGACCAGUGCUGUUUGUCAUCAUGUGGGGCUCACUGUGGCUGUGCUUACGGGCAGCAGAUGCCAGCCCGGCAUAGGUGGAACUGACUAGCGUCCCAGCCUUGGAUAACACGGUGCAACGGACUGUGCUCUGCUGUUUUGGAGACACUGUAUGUCCAGUCUCAGGGUCUGUGGACAGCAGUGGGAAACUGAACAUUCCUGACCAGUUGUCAUAUUGAGGCAGUUCUUCACCUCUCAGAUGUUUCUAGGCCAUCCAUGAUUUCAAGAUACUUGUCUUUGUUAUUCUUGGUUGAAAUUGGCUCAGUGCCUUCCUGUCUUCCUAACCACCUUCUGUGUUUGAAUUGUGCAACAGUGAAUUAAAUGUGCUUUCCAAAAAGAGUUGACCUAUGGCUGGCUCCCCAGUGCUUCCUGUGUUAUUUCUGUU